AGCAGCAAGCUAAGGUAGGGCAAGAAGAUACUCCUAAGUCCUAAGUAACAAUGGCAAGUGAAGCGGCGGCGGCAUCCGUCAUCUCCAGAAACCCCUGCCUAUUCGCUCCUCCUCUUAUCACCAACCAGCAGCAGCCGUCUCAUCAAGAACCGCAGCAGGAGAUGCCUCUCCCUCCUCCCGCCAAGAAGAAGCGCAACCUCCCGGGCACACCAGACCCUGCCGCGGAGGUGAUCGCGCUUUCGCCGCGGACGCUGUUGGCGACGAAUCGGUUCGUGUGCGAGAUCUGCGGCAAGGGGUUCCAGCGCGACCAGAACCUGCAGCUGCACCGGCGCGGCCACAAUCUCCCCUGGAAGCUCCGACAGCGCAGCGCGGGGAAGGAGCCCCGGAAGCGCGUCUACGUGUGCCCCGAGAAGACGUGCGUCCACCACAACCCGUGCCGCGCGCUGGGCGACCUCACAGGCAUCAAGAAGCACUUCUGCCGCAAGCACGGCGAGAAGAAGUGGAAGUGCGACAAGUGCAACAAGCGCUACGCCGUGCAGUCCGACUGGAAGGCGCACGCCAAGACCUGCGGCACCAGGGAGUACCGAUGCGACUGCGGCACGCUCUUCUCCAGGAGGGACAGCUUCAUCACGCACCGCGCCUUCUGCGACGCCCUGGCCGAGGAGACGGCUAGGCAGCUCAACGCCGCCGCCGCCGCCACGUCGCACCUAAACAAUAAUGCGCAUGUCGUCGUCGGCCUCUCGCUGCCGUCCAUGGUGGGCCACAUUAAUGGCGCUACUGGUAGUAUCCUGCUGCCCGGUGCGCCCCCGCAGCUGUACGCGGAUCUCUUCGCACCCGCACCGCCGCAGCUGAGCUGGCCGUGCGAGCUGACGAGCGCCGCUGCCGCCGCCUCAUCGUCAGCCGCUGCGUCGGGGAAGCAGAAGACGGACAGCGUGCCGUCCGUGUUCAGCGGGUAUCCGCACGCCAAUCUCGCGGUGCCAGGCGCCGGCGCCGCCGACAUGUCCGCGACGGCGCUGCUGCAGAAGGCCGCGCAGAUGGGUGCCGUCACGUCCGGGUCCGGCAGCGUGAUUAUGACGACGACGGCCGGUGGUCAUCAUCAGCCAUCCGACUGUGGUGCAGGUCUGCUGUUUAGCGCAUUAACCCAGCAGAACGCUACUAAUCUCAUCAGCGGUUCUGGAACAAGUACGCUAACGACGAGCCAGCUCACGGCGACCGGCGGGAACAUGCCGUACGACGUGCUGUCGGCCGUGCGCCAUGCCGGCCUCAAGGAUGCCGCCGUUGCCGUGGGGAGGGAGGAGACCAGGGAUUUCUUGGGCGUUGGCGUGCAAGCGCUGUGCUCAUCGUCGUUGAAUGGCUGGAUUUAGCUAGUUGACGAACGAUGAACCUUUCUCUUAUUUAUUGGCUGGAUUUCUUGCAUGCCUUUUUUUUGUUGUUGUACGUGUUAUGUUUUCUUAUAAUUAAUUUGCUUUGCGGCCGCGGAGUUAAAUCUUAA